UGCACCAGAGGCGCGAUAUCUAUUUCGAAGGGAGUGGAAAACAUUAGUUCGGAAAAAAGAAAGAAAAGAAAGCUGCCUUUUCACCGACAUGACUGGCAAGGACGGAGUUGUGCUUUCAGACACUGAGAACAAACAGAAAACAGUUUCACAAACCAGCGUGAACUACGGUGGAUCCCAGCAGCCGCAUCCAGCUUGGAAGAUGGCCCCCACUGUGCAGCGGCGCACCGGCUUUGGGAUCCAGGAGCUGCUGGGCCUCAACAAGGAGCCGCCGGCGGUGACACCGAGGCGGCCGCUGGAGACUCUUCCACACAGGGCCCACAUGCUGGCUGCCAGAUCUGCACUUGGACACGCUGGGCUCGGGGUCGGCAUGGGUUUCCUGGGCCCGGAGGGAAUACAUUCGUUUUACAGUCAGCCUGCUUUUCUUGAGGUGCUGUCAGAGGCGCAAAAUGUGCACCUGCAGCCGCUGCACAGGACGGCGCAUAUGGACUCACAGACAGACGCGAAACACUCCGGUGCCAGCUCCGAUUCUGACGAUUUGAGCUCCUCCGGUGAUCAGAAAUUUUCCACAUCAUCGAUGAGUCAGAGCAAAAAAAGAAAGAAAAGACGCCACAGAACAAUUUUCACGUCCUAUCAGCUGGAAGAGCUGGAGAAAGCUUUUACUGAAGCUCACUAUCCAGAUGUAUAUGCCAGAGAAAUGUUAUCCAUGAAGACUGAGCUGCCAGAGGACAGAAUACAGGUGUGGUUUCAAAACCGUAGGGCCAAGUGGAGGAAAAGGGAGAAAUGUUGGGGUCGCAGCAGCGUUAUGGCAGAGUACGGCCUGUAUGGAGCCAUGGUCCGUCACUCCAUCCCGCUGCCAGAGUCCAUCCUCAAGUCAGCUAAGGACGGCAUCACAGAGUCUUACGCUCCAUGGUUACUGGGUAUGCACAAGAAGUCAGUUGAAACUUCACAUACCCCCCCUGGAAAACCCAGCAGCCUUACACCAACACCAGUCCAGGAGAUAAUAGUGGACAAAACAGAGGAAGAGAAGCCGAAACCAAGUAAAGAUACCACAUCAGGAAUUUCUAAAGAGGAACUGAGGGAGAACAGUAUUGCUGUUUUGCGAGCGAAGGCACUAGAGCACAGCGCCAAGAUGCUCGGGACUGUUUCAGACAGAGCAAACUGCCACACAUCCCAGAGAGAGGAGACUAAGGAGAUGACAGAGGAGAAGAUGGCAGAGGUGGAGAAUAGUGACUGAAAAAGGCUGCAGGAUACAAAAUGAUGGUGACAUAACUGCAGUGGGGAGUUUGCAACAUCUUUCAGAGGCAGAUGUGUGAUAUGAUUAUUUGAACAGAGCCUUAAUGAAUGUUGAGUCACCAGUGAACCGUCAAACCUCACAGAACAUUUCAGCAUAUGUGAAAAUGGCACUUAGGGCUUAUGUCUGUCAUCUUCAGCUCUUUGGCUUGAGGCUCAUUAACUCAACCAAUAAUCAUGUUUCUGUCCCUUUUGAUCUUAAAGAUAUUUAAAUCUGGUCUUCUGUCUGUAAGGCAGCAGAGGAGGCUUAAGCACAGGAAUGUUUCCAAAGCAUUUAUGACAGAUUUCCUGACACAAAACUGCAGCGAAUAGAAAUAUUUGUUUGAUUAAACUGACAGGCUUUCUGACAUGGCAGCUUUUUAUGCAAAGGAAUAUUCUUUAAUGUGGGGUAUUUGGUGCUGAGAGGCAUUAAAGAGAAAAAGUCUUUAUUUAAUAGAAGAACCUGACCUCCAGAUGGUGACAGAUUUCAGCUGGCUACUGCCACAUGUACCAAUACAAACAGUUGGUA